CGAAAGCGAUCUUGCGCUUCCAAAAGCGCGUGAGUGCGUUAUUUCUCCUCAUCCCAUCUUUUCCCUCCUCUCAGCUUUCUCGAAUUUUCUGGAACACUGAACCUUUUAAGUUCCCCCUCCCUCUUUAAAACCCUCAUUCCCAUCAAACGACUCUACUCUCAUGAAAAUCAUGGUUCUGCGUCCGGAUUCGUGAUGGGCCGCUACGGAUUGGUUUUCGUCAAUUGCGGGGUUGUUUCUGGGUUUUACUGCUGGGGGUGGGAGUUUCUGACUGCUCUUCUCCUCUUUCUGGAUUAAACGAUUUUUUUUCCUUUUUUCCUUUUUUGGAUUUGUGGAGCGCGGGACAUGGGUUCGCAUAGGAGCGAGCCGGCGCCGUUUCUUACGAAGACGUACCAGCUGUUGGAAGAUCCAAGCACGGAUGAGAUGAUAUCGUGGAACGAGAGCGGGAGCACGUUCGUGGUAUGGUGUCCCGCGGAAUUCGCUAGGGAUGUGCUUCCCAAAUACUUCAAGCACAGUAACUUCUCCAGCUUCGUGCGACAGCUUAACACCUAUGGCUUCCACAAGAUCGUGCCGGACCGAUGGGAAUUCGCGAACGACUGCUUCCGCCGAGGAGAGAGGGACCUCCUGUGCGAGAUCCACCGUCGGAAAUCCACGUCAGCAUCACCGACGGCUCAGAUCCCGGUACCCUCAAAGCCCAACGGCCCUCCUUCGUCCACUUCCAAUUCAGGCGAAGACCAUGGCUCAACCUACACAUCCUCUCCCAGCCUUCCAAAGCCCGAGACGAGUCAGAUAUCGGAAUUAUCAGACGAGAACGAGAAAUUGAGAAAAGACAACUUACUCCUCAGCUCGGAGCUGGCACAGACGAAGAAGCAGUGCGAGGAGCUGGCGGCAUUCCUGUCCAAAUACGUAAAAGUGGAUCGCGAGAAGAUAAAUAGCAUAAUGCGGGGUGCGAGUGAAGGAGAGUCGAUAACAGAAGGAGGAGAAGGAGAGGAGGAGGACUGCUUGAAGCUGUUCGGGGUUUGGUUGAAGAACAGCAAGAAGAGGGCGCGUGCUGACGUGGGGGUUCCUGGGCCGUUGAAGGAGAUUAAGAUGGAUUAUCAGGAGCCGUGGAUGAGGAUUUGUUCUCCCCCGCGGGGGAGUGGCAAGGUUUGCAACUGACCGACUCGAGACGGUUGCGUGGCGGGAUUAUCGAUGUUUAGAGGAAGACUCGAGUGUAGAGCGGUGCGCAUCCCCACGUGCGCACACUUGCAAAUAUUAAACACGUGUAUGAGAUCUGAGCUUUCCGUAUGGCUGGAAACUAAUGCCUAGAUCUAAUUUCAUUCUUUGGGUGGGCCAGAACUAAGAAAGUAAGUUGAAGGUUAAAGUUCUUUCUUUAUGGCCAUUCAUUUGCUUGGAUACGCUGUGGCCCACCCAGAGGUGCUAAAUUGCCUCUUUCUAUGCUAGAGGAUUUGAACAGUGUAGAUGACCCGAUGGGAAGAUCAGAUCUGACACGUAUUUGAUAUUUUCACGUGUGCCCCACGUGUGGAUGGGUACGGCUCUCAUACGCGUGCGUGCGUCUGAAAUUAGUAAAGCACGUGCAUUCGCGUGAAGAUGAUGACGACGAUGAUGAAGGGGUCGUAGUGCCUAAAAUAGGGCCCACCUCUUUGUAGGACGUGUAUAUGUAAGCGCUUUUAUUAUGUGGACUUAACUGUCGAAUUGUUUCGGUCUUUUCUUAAUAUUUAAAUGUUCAUUUUGAUUUGUA